GGCAAUGGUUACGUCGGUAGCCAGACUAAGUGCAUUGUGCACAUUGAGUCAUGGCAGCGGCGCAAGUUGAUGAUCGACUGACAGAAGAAUAACUAGUCCUGCAUUGUCCCCACAGUGAGAAUGUAAGUGCCACAUCUGAGAGUGUAUAGGAACAUCAGCCAUGACUGGUUGGGUGCCAACCAUUGAAGCCAAAUAUGCAGUGGCUAUUUAUAACUUUGAGGGGAGUAAUUCCUUUGAGCUCAGGCUGAGCGUGGGGGACACCGUCCAGAUCCUGGAGGAGUGUUCAGGCUGGUAUAAAGGUUUCACAACGAGGAACCGGAGGUUCAGGGGUAUUUUCCCAAAGACUUAUGUGCACGUCAAGGAGGCGUCUGUUGAAAACCGGGGGGAUGUCCUGGAGACAGUUACGCCCAAGGAAACACCCGUUGUGCACGAGCUGACGACGGUGAUCCGAGAAUGGGGUGUGUUAUGGAAACAGCUCUAUGUGAAGAUAAACAGGGAACUAUUCAACACCAUCCACAAGAUGAUGUACGAGCUGAUCGACAGCCAGAAGCAGAUUGUCUCCGGCACCCUGCCCGUGGACGAACUCAAGGAACUCAAGCAGCAGGUCACCUCCAAGAUCGACUGCGGCAACAGGGCUCUCGGGCUAGACCUGGUCAUCCGAGAUGAGGAAGGAGGCAUACAAGACCCGUUCUCUAUCAGCACAGUGGCACUCUUCAAGCAGCAUGAGACAGCAACACAAAGGAUAGGCCAGCAACAGAACGAAACAUUCAGUCUAGGGUUGCCCAAGAUCCCUAAACAAGCCAAUGUGUAUUCCUACAAUCUGUUUGUCAACUUGAAGAACGUCGUCUGCAGAAUCGGUGAAGAUGCCGACGUCUUGAUGAGCCUAUAUGACGCCAAGGAGCAAAAACACAUCAGUGAGAGUUUUGUCGCCAAAUGGAGCAGCAAAGGCAUCCCAAGAGAUAUUAGUCUCUUGUACAGCCUCAAGACGAUCUUCACGGAUCUUGGUGCUAAAGAUCUCCAGAGAGAGAGAGUGUUCCUGGUCUGUCAGAUUAUCAGGAUAGGUAAGAUGGAGCUUAAGGAAGGAGAUAACAACAAGAAGUACACCACAGGGUUGAGGCGGCCGUUUGGCGUCUGUGCCAUGAACAUCAGCGAUAUACUGUCGGGCCGAAUCGAAACGGACGAGGACAAGCAACACUUCCUCCCCUUCCAAGCGAGUACCGGGGAAGAUUCACUGGAUAGUAUGGUGCGCAAGGUGGUGGUCGCCAGGGAGAUCAACCACAAGGGUCAAGGGAUCUGGGUGGGCCUGAAGAUGAUGCCAGGGGACAUCAAGCAGGUCUGGAAGGACUAUCCACAUCUCAUGGACAGCAAGACGGCUAUUGCCAAGAAGAUGGGCUUUCCAGAGGUCAUCAUGCCAGGUGACGUCCGCAAUGACGUCUAUGUGACCUUGUUGCAAGGGGAGUUUGAUCGAGGCAACAAACCCAAGGCUCGGAACGUGGAGGUGUCAAUCGAAGUGUGCUCCAGCAAUGGCAUGGUCCUUGAGGAUGUUAUCUACACAGCAGCAGGUGAGCCACCAAGCAGUAAAUACCAGUCUGUCGUGUACUACCAAGUCAAAUCGCCCAAGUUUUACGAGACUGUCAAGGUAGCUAUACCCAUCGAAGAAUUCUGUCAGUCGGACACCCACGUGAGGAUAACGUUUAAGCAGAGAUCCUCAUCAGAAACCAAAGACAGACAAGAGAAACCGUUUGGUGUUGCUUACCUCCGCUUGAUGACGGAUAUUGGGACCACCAUCGUCAAUGGGGAGCAUGACCUGUUGGUGUACAAGUGCGACAAGCUGCAGGACACCAUCAGCACCCACUACCUGGACCUGCCCUCCACCCGGCAGGAGCUGGAACGACGCCACCAGCACCAGACCAGCAGCGGCAGUGGCGGGAGCUCCAGCAGCCUGGGGAGCACAGGCAGCCUGAGUCGAAGCAAGGGUUACGGCCUGAGCUCCAAGGACUCGCUGCAGAUUGCCACGCUGGUCUGCUCCACCAAGCUGACACAGAACGUUGACUUGCUGGGUUUGCUGAAGUGGAAGUCAGACCGGAGUAACCUGCAGGCCAACCUGGAGUCCCUCAUGAAAGUGGACGGCGAAGAAGUGGUCAAGUUUCUUCAAGACACCCUGGAUGCACUAUUCAGCAUCUUGACAGAGUCGCCACAGUCUAACGAGUACGACGAGCCAGUCUUCAAUGCCUUGAUCUUCAUCAUCGGGCUGAUAGCAGAUCGGAAGUACCAGCAAUUCCGACCAGUCCUAGAUGCCUACAUCAAGGAACAUUACAGCGUAACCUUCGCUGAUGUCAAGCUCAUGAGAGUCUUCAAAAACUACCUGGACAACGCCGGGGAGAAGGGGAUGCAGGAUCAGCUGCUGAAGACCCUGAAGGCCAUGGAGUACAUCUUCAGGUUCAUCAUGAAAUCCAGGAUGCUGUUCACCGCUUUGCAUGGUGACAACACCGGCAAGAACCAAUUUGAAGCUCUUCUGAAGGACGUCUUUCAAUCUCUCAAAUGGCUCAUGACGUAUACAGCCGACAACGUUCUCCUUUGCCAGGGUGCUUCCAUGAAGUACUUGCCCUCCACGCUGACCGACACCAUGACCAUGCUGGAGCCAGAGGAGCUGGCCGCACUGGUCAAGGAAUUCCUGGUCAGCCUGCCGCCCGAGCGUCUGGUCAAGCAGAAGCUGGACUGCAUCCGGGACGUGGUGCACAGCGAACUUUUCAAACUCAGACAAUGUCGAGCGAUACUAGUCCCCAUGAUGGCCGAAUUCCUCAAGAAUCUCCUGACCAAGAAGGAAGACAUGCGGUUGGUGGCGGACGUCCUCAGUGACAUCGUGGACACGCUGUGGAGGAAAGACCUGGGACCAACACACGGGGACAUCUCUGAAAUCAUGCACACGUUACUACGGACCGUCAUACAGUCAGUCGUCUUCAUGUACAUUGGCAACGACGAUACUCUCAUAGGCAGGUUAGUCAGCUGCCUGAUCUCCAUCCUCAACCAGAUGACGGAAUUCCACUACCAGGAGUACAUCAACUCCUUCCCUACCCGCACCGACCUCCUGGACUUCCUGAUGGAGAUCUUUAUGGUCUUCCGAGACCUCAUCUCCAAGAACGUCUACCCACCUGACUGGGCCACCAUGAUCGUGCAGCAGAACAGAGUGAUCCUCAUUGCCAUGAAGCAGUUUGCCCGUGUGCUGCACCGCUCCUUCGUCCGCAUCGACGACUUUGAGUUCCAGCUCUGGAACAACUUCUUUCACCUGGCUGUGGCCUUUGUGACGCAGGAGUCUCUGCAGCUGGAGAACUUCAGCUCCGCCAAGAGGAAUAAGAUCUUAGAAAGAUACGGCGACAUGCGUCGGGAGGUGGGCUUCGCCAUCAUCCGCACCAUGUGGAAUUACCUGGGCAAGAACAAGAUCCGCUUCAUCCCCGAGAUGGUGGGUCCGUUCCUGGAGGUCACCCUGGUGCCCGAGACAGAACUCCGCAAGGCCACGCUGCCCAUCUUCUUUGACAUGAUGCAGUGCGAGUGCAACAUCCGUGGCAACUUCAGGGAGUUUGAGCGGGAGAUCAUCACUCAGUUAGAUGCGUUAGUGGAAGGAGGCCACGGUGACCUACAGUACCGGGAACUCUUUGGACAGAUCAUUGGUGAGUACUGCACGCAGAACGUGACCCGAUUAGGCAACGAGGGACUGACGUUCAUCAAGCUAGUCCGGGAACUGAUGGGGCGGUUGCUGGAGUAUCGUGACGUCAUCCACGACGAGAGCAAGGAGAACAGGAUGAGCUGUACCGUCAACCUGCUGAACUUCUACAAGGACAUUGACAGGCAGGACAUGUACGUUCGUUACCUGUACAAGCUGUGCGACCUGCACUUAGAAUGCGACAACUACACGGAAGCCGGCUUCGCACUGCAGCUACACGCUGACAGGCUGCACUGGUCCGAGAGACCCCUGAUGACACACAGUGACAAAUACCCAGAGGCACAGACAGAGAGACAACUCAAGGAGCUCCUGUAUUAUGACAUUGUGGAUUUCUUCGACAAAGGAAAGAUGUGGGAGAAGGGAAUCUUGUUGUGUAAAGAGUUGCAGAAUCAAUAUGAGAAGGAGUUGUUUGAUUACAUUCAGCUCAGUGAAUUGCUGCAAAGAAUGGCCCACCUGUACGACAAGAUCAUGAAGAUCCCUCGCCCUGCCCCCGAGUACUUCAAGGUCAUGUACAUCGGCUGUAGCUUCCCCCCAUUCCUCAGGAACAAAACUUUCAUCUACCGGGGCAAGGAGUACGAACGGCUGGCUGACUUUGUGGCCCGGUUACAGCAACAAUUCCCCAACGCAUCGAUGAUGAACAAGACCACGCCGCCAGACAGCGAACAGAUGCAAUCCAAGCAACAAAUCCUCCAAGUUGUCCCAGUUCAGCCGCUACGAGAAGAGAGAAAGGAGUUUAAGAACAAGACGAUCUGUGAUCAAAUCUUGAGUUACUAUGCAGUGAAUGAGGUACAGAGGUUCUCCUACUCAAGAGCCUUCCACAGAGAAGCGAAGGACAAAGACAACGAAUUUAAGACGAUGUGCAUCGAGAGAACCUACUUCACCACUGCCUACAGGCUGCCGGGCAUUCUUAGAUGGUUUGAGGUCAUUAAAACAUCCUCCGAGGAGCUGACCCCCAUCCGCAACGCCAUCGACACCAUGGAGGAUGCCAACAGCAAGCUGAAGCAGAUGAUUGGCCAGUACCAGGCGGACUCCAGCCUUCCCAUCAAUCCCCUGAGCCUGCAGCUGAACGGCGUGAUUGACUCGGCCGUCAUGGGUGGGCCGGCCAAGUAUGAGCAGGCUUUCUGCACUGAUGUGUACGCUGCCGAACACCCUGAGAAUGGCAUCCACAUCACGAGACUAAAGGAGCUCUUUGCCGAGCAGGUAGCGUUGGUGGAGGUGGGUCUGAUGCUCCAUCGCAACAAGAUGAAGGAGGACUUGAAGCCGUUUCAUCAGAAGAUGGAAGUGAUGUUUGAGAGGAGGAAGGAGCAAGUGGAGGAGCGAUACGGCAAAAAGCUUGUGGAAGGAUUUGCGCUGACCCCUAACGAUCGCAUGAUCCAGUCCUACGCCCGUCGUUUCUCCAGAGGUCGGGCCGACCGGCCGCUGUCCACCAUGUCCAACUCUUCGACCUCCUCCGACACCCACGGGUCGCGCAGCAGCAUUGUCUCCAACCCGGACAUGAUGAGCUACUUGCAAAUAGUCAGUUCCUCUGUGUCGCAGCACUGGAAUUUUAACCUCUCCACGCCCCGACGCAUGAGCGACUCAGCCACUUUUAUCAAGGGACAAGGAACGCCAAGCAGUAAGACCGGCCAGCACAAGGAGAAAGGGUCAGGCAGUCCAGCCAAACGGAACAGCAAAGACUUGUCGGCCGAAGACUCUGGCUCCAAUGCCAGCACACCAUCCAAGGAGGCAGCCAAACCAAUCAUCCUUGAUGAGAAGAUAUCAAGUGCCAGGCCUCUUCGCAAGGACAUGAAGAAAGCCAACGCCUCUCCCUUACCUAGGCCACUUAAAGCUAUGUCCAUGCAUGUCCCCAUGGUGACAACUUCCCCCAGUGAUGAACCUGAUCUGCCCCCUAAGCUGCCCCCGAAGCACGCCUACAGCGACUACUCCAGCCUGCCUCUCCUCGAUGCGGGGCCCAGCCCGCUCCCGCCCAAGAAACUCAGCCUGCAGCUCGGUGCCUCACCACUCAGGGACAAGCCCCCUCCACUACCGGACAAGGAGACAAGCAGUACCACGACCCCAAUGCCUCAGAUGAAGGAACCUCUCCUAGUCCACGGAUCACCGUCCAAAAAGCCCACCACCAACAAUGCCCACUAGCAGUUGACCUUGACCAACCAGCAUCAAAGCCCUCCAGCACACUGCUUUGAUGAAUUGACCCCAAUCAGUGAGUCCUUUGGACAUCCAAAUAGUGCAGGUACAGUAAUCUGGUGCGAUAUGCUAAGUUUCCAAUAGUGCCAUUCAUUCGGUCUACCCAUUCCGUAAUCCGUACACAUUCACCUUGCUGAGGGCAGUGUUGUAACGAGUCACUAAAUUUAGUAACUCGAGCCGAGUCGAGUCUUUUUAACAUUGUGACUCGAGUCAAGUCAUUAGGUCAAGUAGUCAAGUCGAGUCACUGUAGUCGAGUCAAGUACCAAGCUUGAGUCAAUAUGAGUCACUAAUUUUUGAAAAAAUGCAGUAGAAACACAACUACAUGUAAGUCAUAUUUUGGUAUUUUUUAUUUUCAUUUAAACA